CUCGCUUCUCCCAGUUCUGCAUCUCUCUCUCUCUCUCUCUCUCUCUCUCUCCCUCUCUCCCUCUCCAGUUCCCCUGCCUCCUAUGCGCUAAAGGAGAAGCAGAAAAAUAAAGCAAACCAAGAAGAGGAGCCAAGUCACCUGCGGGAAAUCUCUCUGGACACGCGAUACAGACACAGAGAGCACCGAAGAAGAGGAGAAGAAGAGAAGAGCCUCUCUGGCUUUCAUUUCUUUCGUCAUAGGAAAAAGCAACAAUGCCUGCUCAGAAGCGUUCCUCGGAAAAUCUCGAAGAGGAAUCCCAGCAACGCCAUCACCACCACCACAGCAACAACAACACACAAGCAGCAGCAGCAGAAGAAGAAGAAGAAGAAGAAGAAGAAGGAGAGGAUUCCGAUGGAAGCCCUUCGUCUAGUGGCGGAGAUGAAACCGAAUUUGUAUUGGUGAGAUUGUCAGACAUACGCAAAGAAGUGCAAUGUCCAAUAUGCCUAGGUAUCAUUCGGAAAACAAGAACUGUAAUGGAAUGCCUACAUCGCUUUUGCAGGGAAUGCAUUGACAAAUCAAUGCGACUGGGGAACAAUGAAUGUCCUGCUUGCCGGACACAUUGUGCAAGUCGGCGUUCUUUGAGGGACGAUCCAAACUAUGAUUCUCUAAUUGCUGCAUUAUAUCCAGAUAUUGAUAAGUAUGAGGAGGAGGAACUGGCUUUCCAUGAAGAGGAGAGGAAUCGGAAUAAGCAGAUCCAAGCAUCCAUUGCUCAGACAUUAAAACGGCAAUCAGAAGCACUUGGUCGGAGACGCACUAAGUUUAGGAGAUCUCAUGGAAAUUAUCGGAGCUCUCAUCCAAGAGCGAGAAGAAGUGGUCGUGGUUUGGAAUUUCAAGGAUCUGAUGAUGAUGAUGAGACAAAUGGCAAUGAUGGAGGCAAAGAUUCAUCUUCUGAUGAGCACAUAGAGGUAAAACCUAAAAGAUGCAGGAGAUGGCCAGGACCAAGGUUCUCUCAGCCUUCUUCUGCAGCUGCCAAUGCAGAUGGAGGCUGUGAUGAAAAUGAUGAUUUGGAAGUGAGCAGAGAAAGCACAGGUGCAUCCCCUGGGUUGAUUGGAAAUACGGAAGUACUGGCUUGGGGCAAGGGUGGUGUGCGGAGUCACACACGAUAUGGUAGUGUUAGCGGUAAUAAUGGUAAGAAUGCUCGAAUUACCCGCUUAUCUAAGUUGGUAGAGCACCUGCGAAGCUUGGAUGAAAAGGAAGAUGAGUUGGAUGUACAUCUCACACUGAUCCCUUUGGACGAAGAAAGUAUACCGAGUUUGCAGCGACCAUACCUUUGCUGCCGACCUAGCUUGUCUAUUAGACACUUAUGCCAAUAUGUUGCUCUCCACACUGCAGUGCAAGCUGAAGACGUCCAAAUAUUGGUGGUAAAAGAGCCCCACUAUACAAACGCUGACCAGUGUGGGUCAUUGUUCAAUUCUUCAACCUCCAAGGAUGAUCAGAUUUUGAAGUCUCUUGUUAGUCUUUCCAAAGGUGAUCUUCAAUUGUUGGAAGAGCAAGACACCCUGGCAAAACUUCAAGCUAAAUUUACCUCCUGCCAAGCCCAACUGGUUCUGGCAUACCGGAAGAAGGAUGGUAGGUAGGAAACUAAAUGUGUCUGACUGUCAACUUAUUUGAGCAGAUGAUUACAUUCUUCAUACAGACUUGUAUAUAAGAUACUCACAAAAGGUGUCUCCUUGAUCUGGUUUCUGAUGAUGCAUUUUUCUUCCAACACUCUUAUGAAAACCACAAGAAAAAAAAAACAAGAGUAGCUUGGGUUGUGUUGGAGGAAGGCACAAGAAUUGCAGUUCAAAUUAGGGAAAGGUUGUAAUGUUUGAUAAUUUAUAUAAUAGCAAUUUCUCCAUUUCCAUGCCAA